CGCGGCAGACAGAAGAGAGUGAGGCCUCUUCAGUAAAGAGAAACCGAGAUUAAAUCAUUUAAGUGAACGAUCGAUCGUAUUUAUCGUUACUCGUAUAUCUCUUUCAAGUUCCCGGAGUUUACUUCGCAGUAGGCAAAGUUUAUUUUAUUUGCUCAUUUUAAGCUUAGUUACAUUCCUAGCUAGCUGUAUUCAUCAUGCCAAGAGGCGGAAAGAAAGGACAUAAGGGCCGAGGGAAGCAGUUCAGCAACCCGGAGGAAAUUGAUCGGCAGAUGAGAGCGGAGAGGGAGAAGGAGUUGAAUGGCGGAGCAGAACCGGAGAGCUCUUCAGAGUCUGAAGAAGAGAGCAGUGAUGAAGACAAUGCCCAUCAGAAGAGGAAGGGAGUGGAGGGGCUGAUAGAGAUUGAGAAUCCCAACCGCGUGUCCCAGAAGAGCAAGAAGGUGGCGGAACUGGACGUGAGCGCCCCCAAGGAGCUCUCGCGCCGGGAAAGGGAGGAGAUUGAGAAGCAGCGGGCGAAGGAGCGGUACAUGAAGCUGCACCUGGAAGGGAAGACGGAGCAGGCCAGGGCCGACCUCGCCCGCCUCGCCAUCAUCAAGAAGCAGAGGGAGGACGCGGCCAGGAAAAGGGAUGAGCUCAGGAAAGAAAAAGAAGCAGAAGAAGCCAAGUCGAAGCGCUAAUGCCUGCUUCCUCAGGGGCUGGGGGUGUGAGAUCCGGGGAGGGGGAGAGGAGAGAGGGGAGGGGGGCAGGAGAGACAGCUCAGGGGUGCCCACAGGCUCUCGGCCUCCGUUCUGCACUGACGAGAGGAAGGGGGCGAGUCGGGCGUCUGGAGAAGACAGGAAGGGGGGAAGUGGGAAUGAGGGGAGCACCCCUUCGUCAGUGCCCGGCUCUGUUAGACCAACGCCAUAAACGCCCUUCCCCUUGCCCCUUCCCUCACCGCUUCUCCAUACUUUUACUGCUGCUGGAGUCAUUCCUGAUUUUUACAUUUUAACACAGUUUACUAUGGAGGGGAAGGGGAGCAAGACUGUUGUACUAGCCUGUAAUGUUGACAUGACACAUACACACAGACCAGCUGCACAAAGCACACAGCCACACCUGUAACUUUCCUGUCCAGUCGUUCCUACCUGCUGCAUAUUCAUCCACAUCCCAGUGUUAAGGACGGUGAGGGUAAUAGAACGAGACCACCUGUCCUGUAAUGCAGGACGUACAAAAAGGUGGAUAUUUUUUACUUUUGAAUUUUAAUUCAGGAAAUUUCCUCCACCUCAGUGGGCCAUGCUGAUAGAAUUCGGCUUCACACCACGCUAUGUAAUUGGCAAGGAAGCUGAACCACCGCACAUCAUAUUCAAGCAUAUAUCAUACGUGCUUUUAAGUGUUUUUACGUGGUGCUUCACCUUUUGAUUUUUGUCUGGUUAAUGGAUGGAAUCUUGAUUGAUCCAUCGUGCCUUUCUAGCCAUUUCCACCAUGCCAGCCUGCCUGUAAUUUUCUGUUCACAACUGGCGGCUUUAUUGCCGAAUUCAGAUCGGUCAGUAUAAAUACUGAAUUUGGUAUGAUCACUGGUGCAGCGUAGUGUAGUACAGGGAUGAGUGUAGAGGCCUUGGUGUGCUGUGUAACAGGAAGCUGCUCUGUAAUGCUCAUCUGUCACACAGUGUUGUGGGACAGGAUGAAGUGGUGCUGCAUUCACCGUCUUGCUCACAUACCCUUUGGGCUCCUCAACCAGAUAUCAUGCAUUUAAGUGCAAAAACAUCCCUUUUGUUGCCUUGUUUCUUUUUUUUUUUUUUUUACAGUUUGCAGGACCAAUUUGCCGUCAGCCUCUGGUAGUGAUUAACAUGCUAGUCUAGCUGAAUGGCGGAACACCAAGGAACAAAGUAUUGUCUUGUAAAAGUGUUAUAUACAGACUCUCCACGAUCGAAAGAUGUCUUUAAAUUAGGGGUGGGUGGGGAAACAUGACUGUCCUCA